AUGAAGAAGCUUGUUGUAAACGCAGAUCAUCUUAAAAUUCGGUUACCAGAGGUAACUGGAAACACAGUACUUACAAUUUGUGGCAAGACUAAAAAAGUUAGAAUGAAAUCAGAACUAUCAUGCCAUGAGGAUAAUAUGAUCGACUUGGUUUUUGUUAAUGGAAAAAAUUCAAAAAAUGGCGUCGCUGAACGUAUUUCAUUGAUUGGCGCACAAGAUAAUAGUAGUAAACAAAUGGGGAGAGUGGGAGAAUCUUCUAAGAGAAGCAACGAAAGUGAGAUUACGCGUGAAGAUGAACAUAAUAAGAUUUCAAGAGUGACGGCAAAUGAUCAUGAUCAUAGUGUAGAACAAAGUAUUUUAACAAGUAGCAAUAACGAUAUCAGUGAGGAGAGAACAUGCUUAAGAGGAGUUAAGGAAACAAAUGAAAGUUGUAUUUUAAGAGAUAUUAACUCGAAAAAAUCAACGAAUGACGUUAGUGAAACGAGCACUACGUUAUAUGAAGAUAGUGAUGAUUCAACUAUAUGUGGAGAUUCCGACGAAUUCGAGGAUGAUGAUAUAUUAGGAAAACUUGAAACUCAAAGUAAUACAAGUGUUAAUUAUACAUGCCAUACAAGUGAUUGCAAGCACGUUACUCAAUCAUUUGUGGAUGUGCUUUAUCAUGAUCAAUCUGAGUCUGACACCGAAAGUCAUGCAAUUGAUGCUAUUGAUGUUAUUGAUGAAAAUCACAUCGUACCGGUAAAAAAAGGUCGUGAAGAUGACAAUGAAGUUCAUACGGAUAAGAAAAUUUUUGUUUGCGCUUAUCCUGGAUGUAAUAAAAGUUAUACAUAUUUGAAAAGUUUCGUGAUUCACCAACAAGCACAUAACGGAAAGAAACCAUAUGUGUGUGACGAACCUGGAUGUGGAAGAGGUUUCAAUACCUCGAACAGUUUGAAGAGUCAUACACGCGUGCAUCGUGGAGAAAAACCAUUCAAAUGUGAUUAUGCUAAUUGCAAGAUGAGAUUUACUCAUUUGAGGGGUAUGGCGUGUCAUAAGAAACGUAAACAUUCCGACAUAACGGAAGAUGUACCGAAAGCUAAGCGGCGUAAAACAAAAUAA